GGGCCCGGGGCGGCGGCGGCGGCGACAGCACCGGAGGAGGAGGAGGAGGAGGGCGGCGAUAGCGGCGAUAGCGGCGACAGAGUCGGCGACAGCGGCGAUAACGACGGCGUCGUCAGCGGGGGGGGGUCCCAGCGGCUAAGGAGCCCGGCACCCCCCCGCUCCCUUCGGUACCGGGUUUCCCCGGUCGAACGGCGGCGGCGGCGGCGCUGACAGCCCGCCCGGAGCACCGGGGGCGGCCGAGGCCACCAUGUCCUCCCCCAGCCCGGGCAAGAGGCGGAUGGACACCGACGUGGUCAAGCUUAUUGAGAGCAAACACGAAGUCACAAUCUUAGGAGGACUUAAUGAAUUUGUUGUGAAGUUUUAUGGACCACAAGGAACCCCAUAUGAAGGUGGAGUAUGGAAAGUUAGAGUCGACCUUCCUGAUAAAUACCCUUUCAAAUCCCCAUCUAUAGGAUUCAUGAACAAAAUUUUCCAUCCCAACAUUGAUGAAGCGUCGGGAACUGUAUGUCUAGAUGUAAUCAAUCAAACCUGGACAGCUCUCUAUGAUCUCACCAAUAUAUUUGAAUCGUUCCUGCCCCAGCUGCUGGCCUAUCCCAACCCCAUAGAUCCCCUAAAUGGUGACGCUGCAGCCAUGUACCUCCACCGACCAGAAGAGUACAAACAGAAAAUUAAAGAAUACAUUCAGAAAUAUGCAACAGAAGAAGCACUAAAAGAGCAGGAAGAAGGCACCGGGGACAGCUCAUCUGAGAGCUCCAUGUCUGACUUCUCGGAAGACGAGGCUCAGGAUAUGGAGUUGUAGUAAAAAAGGCAAACCUGCUUUUCAGAGAGAGACUCUUUAAUUUCCUAACCAUGAGAAGCAGACUAUAAUAUUCAUAUUUAAACAAAGCAAUUUUUUUUAUUACUAAACAAGGUUUUUAUGAAUAAUAGCAUUGAUAUAUAUAUAUAUAUAUCACCCUUUAGAUCUUGAUUUUUUUUUUUUUUUUGGUUGUUUUGGGUUUUUUUUUGUUUUGUUUUUUUUCUCUUGGUCAUUUCUUGAACCCGAGGUGCAUAGCAUAUUCCCACAUUCCAUUUUGGUAGCAAUAUGCAGCCCGAAUGCAUGCAUUCAGAUUCCAUUUGGCCAAGUCAACUUGUGUGCUACUGAACUGUCAGCUCCAACAGCUGCCCUGGUAGGUAGGGAGUUAGCAACAGAAAAAAAAAAAAAAUUAAAAAAAAAAAGAAAAAAAAAAGAGGAAUAAUUUAAAAAAAAAAAAAAAAAAAAAAAGACUUUUGCUUUUCUUAUUGAUGUUUCCAAAGACACCACCUUGGAUGCUGAUGUGUGUGGAGCAGAAAAAGCUGGGGGAUGAUGAGACUUAACCCUGUAGAUCAGAGAGUGGAAUAAAAGGUGCUCCUUCAGGUCAAGCUUGCUGAGAGUAUUUUCCGUGGAGUCACAUUUAAAAAAAAAACAACAUGAAAAAAAAAAAAAAAAGAAUAAUAAAAAAAAAACAACAACAAUACAAAUGCAUGGAGCUCUUCAGAGCAUUGAAGCUUAAAAAAAAAAAAAAAAAUGAAAUUUUGACAUGGAAUUUGAAGUCUCUUUUUAUACCUGGACUCCUGCCUGCCCUUCUGAACUGGAGGCACUGACGACCACUGGGCUCUUGGCUUUAUUUUUAUUUUUUUUUGGGGGGGAGGGAGACUUUUGGAAAGCCUUCACCUGGAUCUUCUUCACUUUCUUGGGCUGGAUUAUGAGCUGUUCCCUUUUUGGGA